CAGUUUUUUGUUGGUGGAAACUGGAAGUGUAAUGGCACAAAAGACUCAAUCAGCAAGCUAGUGUCAGACUUAAACAGUGCAAAAUUGGAACCUGAUGUUGUAUCUUAUGUGCAUGUUGAAGAUCGACUGAAGAUGGCGAUGAGCGUGAGAGGAGAGAUGGAGAAGCUGAGCGUGGAGCAGUUGAAGGCAGUGAAAGAGCAAACUGAUCUGGAGGUCAAUCUUCUCCAGGACUCUCUCAACAACAUCCGCACUGCCACCACCCGCCUCGAGCUCGCCUCCUCCGCCCUCCACGACCUCUCCCUCCGACCCACCGGCAAAAAGAUGCUCGUCCCUCUUACCGCCUCCCUUUACGUCCCCGGAACUCUCCAGGACCCCGACCAGGUCCUCGUCGACGUCGGCACCGGCUACUUCAUCGAGAAGAACAUGCCUCAAGCCAAAGACUACUGUGACCGCAAGAUCAAUCUCCUCAAGUCCAAUUUCGAACAACUCGUUGAGGUUGCUUCUAAGAAGAAAAGCAUAUCUGAUGAAGCUGGGUUAGUUUUGCAAGCAAAACUGAAGCAGAUGGCUCCUACAGCACAGUAGGAGACAAGGACUUUUAAUAUGUGUGCUGUGGUAUUCAAGUUAAGAUCAUG